CCAUUGUCUCUUCCCGAUAUCGUCCUCGUGCAACAGCGACACACACCGGUGUUGAUGUCAAGCUGCCCCCAAGCUGCGGGGCUGAGCUUUUGGCGUUCCUCAUCAACGCAGGCCCCUCCCCUGAAUUGGACCCAUUGAGGUCUCGCGCAAUCGUCUCAGAGCGAUCACGCAAUCAGCUUCCACCAUCGACCGUCCUGCUGACCUUUUGGGCGAUGGAGCUGUUAACUUUUGCUCAAACAGGUCUGCCAGUUCUGGGAAAGGAGUGCCGGCCGUUGCGCAAGAUGCGACCUCGGCAUAGCGUCGCAAAUCGGUGCUCUGUGACAGCCAAUCGUACUAAUACCUGGCUGGUCUCCUCUCCUGGAUCGAGAUUCGGGCAUGGACUGCUGUGUUUACAUGUUUUACCAUUUCCCUCACCACCUGUUCUAUGAGAGACUGUCGGAGAGACAAUACACUUUAGCCCAAUUCUACACCCAAGAUGGCGCCAGGAAUCCUCGUGUCGGACCCCCAGCCCGCCGCGGCAGUGCCGUCCAAGGCGACGCGAAACCACGAGGCCAACCGGUCCGUCUUCCCAGACGGCAUCCGCACGUCGGGCCAGCACAACCCCAUCUACGAGCUCCUGCAGCCGUACGACAGAUUCCCCAAGGAAAUCACGGGACCCACUGUCUGGCACAAGGAGCGCUUCGAGGCCGACCCGGCAGCCUGGACACAUCGCCUGACGGGGCCCGAGAUCGCGGAGCUAGGCGCCGCGGCCGACGCCUUCAUCGCGAGCGACACGGACCUCACAGGCAUCAGCAAGUCCAACUUCCCGCUCCCGCGGCUCGGCCAGGUCCUUUCCAGCCUGCGCGCCGACUUGCUCGACGGCAAAGGCUUCGUGCUCCUCAAGGGCUUCCCGGCAGACACGUGGGGCCCGCGAAAGACGGCGGUAGGCUACAUGGGGCUCGGGACGCAUCUGGGCUAUUUCGUGUCGCAGAACGGGCGCGGCCACGUGCUGGGCCACGUCAAGGACGUGGGCGACGACGCGGCGCAGACGCACCGUGUGCGCAUCUACCGCACCGCCGCCCGCCAGUUCUUCCACGCCGACGACGGCGACCUCGUCGGGCUGCUGUGCGUCCACCGCGCCGCCGAAGGCGGCGAGAGCGACCUGGCCAGCAGCCAUGCCGUCUGGAACGACCUCCAGCAGAACCACCCGGACGUGGCCGAGCUGCUGACCCGGCCCGUGUGGUACUUUGACCGCAAGGGCGAGGUUAGCAACGGCCAAGAGGGCUGGACACGCCAGCCCGUGUUUUACAUCGAGCCCGGCGGCAGGCGGCGCGUGUUUUCCAAGUUCGACCCCUACUACGUCCGUAGCUUGGCUCGGUUCUCCGACGCUGGGCUCGUCCCGCCCCUGAGCGGCGAGCAGGAGCGCGCCAUCACCAUUCUCGAGGAGACGUGCCAGCGGCUGGCGCUGCACAUGGUGCUCGAGGUGGGCGACAUCCAGUUUCUAAGCAACGUGCACAUCUUCCACGCCAGGACGGCAUACAAAGACUACCCUCCCCCAGCCCCGAGGCGGCAUCUUCUGCGACUGUGGCUAGCGACGCCCGAGAGCGAGGGAGGCUGGGUUUUGCCAUUUCCAGACAGCGGCGAAAAGAAGCGAGGCGGGAUCCAGGUUAACAACAACCCUCCGCGGUGUCCGCUGGAUGCAGAAUAGGAAUUGUCGUAAAAUAUUUGCUGUCCCUAGAUUUACUCUUUGUUAUAUCGCGAAUUAUCUGUGCCUGGAGGUGAUUAAUGUGCAAAGAGCUUCUCCAA